AUGCUAACCGAAGCUGGAACCGUAAUCACCACCCGCAAUUUCACCUGGCGUCACGUGCCCGCUGCAUCGCCCGCUCCCCCUCAGCUGCUACCUCUCGCAGAUGACGAGGAGGGCGGGGAGGGCGAGAGCAGAGCGGAUGCAUCACGCCAAGGUUGGGGCGGGGAGAGGGACUCAGAGAGUGAGUCCGACCUCGACGUGAUGGAGGCUCGUGGGCCAGGGCAAGCGACGCCGAUUGUGCGGGAGGAGGCACCGACCGCACCCGGCAACGGGAUUCCGGGGGACGGAGGCAACGUUCCCCCGUCGCCCACUUCGAGAAGGGGCGACUUCGGCGGAGGCAGUGGGGACGGCGGUAGCGAUGGUUAUCCCGGCGACUCCGAGAACCUCGAGGGGUUGAAGUAUGAUCCAGCCGACGAGCGCUACCCCCGCGGGCUAGAAGGGAAGAAACUCCUCUGGGGCGCCUCAAACGCUGGCCCGCUGCGCCAUGGGCUUGAGAGUGGCCGCACGCGGAAGCAGACCCGGGAGAUGCCGGGGCCCGGAGAAACACCGGACCCGGAAGAGGCAUUGCUGGCGACCAUCCUGGAAACUGGCGGGACGGGGAUUGUUGAGGACUACACCUGCAACUCGCUUGUGAAGGGGCAGUGGGACGAGGAGCAGACACGCCGUAUGGAGGAGAUGUACAGGCGCGAGAUGCAGGAGGUGUUAGGCCCGGAACAGCAGGCGUUUGGGGCCGAGGUCGACGCCAGCGGGUCUUCGCAACCACUCCCAGACCCACAGCUAAACAUGACCUCGCCAAUCGGGCAGAAGCCGAGUGAUGUGGAAGCAGUACCGAUGACGUACAAGGAUGUGAUGUGUUCCAAGUACAAGGUUUUCUGGGAGGCGGCCAUGACGAAAGAGAUAGAAGGCCACGACAAGACUGGAACCUUUCCCAAGGUCAAGGAGCUGCCCGAGGGGCGGAAGGCCAUAGGUUCAAAGUGGGCCUUCUCUUGGAGGACGAAUGAGAAGGGCCUGAUAGUCGACUUCAAGGCCCGCAUGGUUGCGCGGGGUUUCUCUCAAAUCCCCGACAUCGACUUCCACCACUCAUCCUCAGCGUGCCCGUCUGCAGCGUUUAUCAAGGCGGUGAUUGCCGUAGCCACUGAAAAGGGCAAGAAACUCGCUCACUGGGAUGUGAAGCAAGCGUACAUCCACGCUAAGCUAAGAGAAGAAAUAUACCUCAGAUUCCCGGAAGGCUGUGGUAGCAUGUCCGGCAAGGUGAAGGUUGAGCGUGCCCUGUAUGGCCUAAAGCAGAGUGGCCGUGAGUGGGGGUUUGAAGCUGCCGAUGCCCUCAUCGAGAAUGGGUACGAGCAGUGCAGGGUUGACCCGUGUGUCUUCCGGAACGUGGUGGAUGGAGAGGUCGUAGGUCUCAUCGUGAUCUACGUUGAUGACAUCUUAGUGGCGGCAGACGAGGGAGAGCGAGAGGAAUUGUUCGCUUCCCUCAACAAGAAGUUUCCGGUGAACGAUCAAGGGGAGUGUACCUGGUACGACGGGUGUGCUGUCGCCAUGGAUGUAGAAUAUGGCAUCACCAAGCUGUCCCAGACAGCAUACAUUGAGAGUAUGCUGAAGCGGUUUGAUGUGACCACGACCGCUUUCACCCCUGCUGCCACCGAUGCCGACCUAGGGCCGAAGAGAGAUGACGAGCCCGCGGUGGAUAAGCCUGUGAGGGAGGCGAUCGGAUGCCUGAUGUGGACGAAGCUGACGAGGCCAGACAUUGCCCUGCCUCUGAACAAGCUCCAGAAGAUCGCCCACUCACCCACCGGGAGGAUAUGGAACGCGUUUGUGCGGAUCAUGUCCUACCUGAACUUCACGAAGGACUUCGGCAUCACCUACGUACGGGGGUCAGGACUAGACCUAAGCGUGUUUGUCGAUUCCAGCUACGCUGACAACGAAGUAGACAGGCGUUCUACGACCGGGCUAGCUGGCGUGAAGGAGGCGUUGUUUGUGCGUGGCGUUCUGUCGUUCAUAGCGCCCGAGACGAGUGGGGCGAAGAUCUAGGUCCUUGAGGACAACAAGGG